UUUAGUCAUCCAAAACAAACAUUCCACUAUUAUCUCUAAUCAUAUCAAAAAUACCUUUCUCUAACGCUUACUCUUGCAAAUAGUUCAAUCAUCAUUCCAAGUCCAAACCAUGUUGCCAACAAACACUUAUGCAAUUUUUGUCAUCUUCUGUUGUGCCUUCUCCUUUGCCUUCGCUUCUGACCCUGACACACUUCAAGACCUUUGUGUCGCACUUCCCUCUUCAGGUGUGAAGGUGAAUGGUUUUGCCUGCAAGGCAGAGACGAAUGUGACAGAAGCUGAUUUCUUCUUUGCUGGUUUAGCCAAACCUGGAGUUAUCAACAACACAUUGGGAUCUUUGGUUACUGCAGCCAAUGUAGAAAAAAUUCCAGGACUUAACACAUUGGGAGUGUCUUUCUCUAGAAUAGACUAUAAAGCUGGGGGACUUAACCCACCUCACACACACCCUCGUGCCACUGAGAUUGUGUUUGUGUUAGAAGGUCAAUUAGACGUGGGGUUUAUCACCACAGCCAACAAACUCAUCUCAAAGUCCAUUAAGAAAGGUGAAAUCUUUGUGUUCCCUAAAGGUUUGGUGCAUUAUCAGAAGAACAGUGGAGAUAAGCCUGCUUCAGUGCUUUCUGCUUUCAACAGCCAACUUCCUGGAACCUUUUCUGUAGCUGCAGCUCUUUUCAGCUCAACACCAACUGUGCCUGAUAAUGUUCUUGCUCAGGCUUUUCAGAUUGAUACUAAACAGGUUGAUGACAUCAAGGCCAAGCUUGCUCCAAAGAAGAGUUAAUUUCUUUUUUAAGUUAAUUAUGAUAUUCCAGAGAGAAAGAUUCAGUCUUAUAAGCAUAUACUUUUCCGGUAAUUCUUGAAGGUUUUGUGAUUCAUUGUUUCACUUACGCUGUUGUUGUUCUCAGUAUGCGGCAUCGAGAAUAAUGAUAUAAUAUUGUAUCGUGGAUUACAUACUACGUGGUUAUAGUGAUACGAACUCUAUGAUGUCAAA